AUUUUUCUUUAUAAAUAAUAGAAAAUAACCUAUUAUAAUCUUUAUAAUUUAUUUUAAUUAUAAAUUAUCCAUAUUAUAUCUCCUUUAGAGUUAAUAAAUCUUAGUACAUAUUUUAUGUACCUAAACGUUGAUAUGUAUAUUAUUUAUUAAAGAUCGAUAAUUUAUAAUAAAAAGGAUUUUUUGAGGAUUCUAUACGAAAAUAUGAUAAUUAGAUAAAAGUUAUUUUAAUAUUGUCUAGCCGAGCAGUUGAAUUGAAAUGUAAUAAAACUUAAUUGAAGUAUUAAUCAGUUUAAAAAUAAAAUGUAAUUUAAUCAAAUAUAUGACAUUAACAAUAUAGAGACAUUUUGAGAAAUAAAAAAUAAAAUGGUAGUGAUACGAUGGAAAUUUCGAAGCAGAGGUAUUUACCAACAAAUAAAAUUUUUCAUCUUAUGGAAGUACUCAGAAGCAGUUUUAACUGUAAGAUCCCUCACUUACAAUGAGCACAUGAGUCAGAGUUAUGCAAUAGACUUUUUGUUAGAGCCAAUAUUUUGGUUUGUUGACAACUUCGCCAAAUAUUUAGGGAAGGUAUUUGUUUUCUGUGUGAGUGUGUUGACUACAGCUGUGGUGAUGAUAGCUUAUUGGGUGGGGCUACCAUACUGGUGGCAGCGUUGUCCGUACACUGCUGUAUUCUUAGUUGUUUUUGGGAAUUGGUUGCUGUUAAACAUAGUGUUUCACUAUGUUAUGGGUGUUAUUACUCCGCCUGGAUAUCCACCUCAUGGCGCAAUGAUAUCAGAGGCUGCCAGUAUAUGCAAAAAAUGCAUAUCUCCUAAGCCACCACGCACCCACCACUGCUCUGUGUGCGACCGAUGCAUCUUGGCCAUGGAUCACCACUGCCCAUGGCUUAAUAACUGCGUAGGAUACUAUAACGCUCGGCAUUUCUUUCUUUACAUGGUGUACAUGGUAGCAGGAGUGACUUUCGUCAUUAUUGCUGGCAUUGAUAUAGGAUAUCAAGUACUCUGGUUAAAUGACACAGGUGGUAUAAUCCCAAACAAUGAUCCGGAUUUGAUUGGACAUCCAGUACGAUUGAACCAAACGGGAGCUCUGGUGCCAGUGAAAGUGAUUGUUGAAUAUGAUUCUAUAAACUUUCCACGUGAACACAACUUACCCGUCCCUCCAAUAACAGAGACACAACGCAUAUGUGCACACCCAUGGAAACGGAAAGCGGUCAUUUUCAUGGCUGUCACAUGUUUGUCUGUGCUAUUUGCACUUGGAGUAUUAUCCGUGAUGCAUGGCAAGAAUAUUAGCAGGGGCGAAACAAGCGUCGAAGCGCAUAUAAACGCAACUAUACGCAAAACUCAGAAAUCUUUCAGAAAUCCAUACAAUUUCGGGAGAAGAAAAAAUUGGAAGUUAUUCCUUGGCCUCACUCAAGGCAGGACGUUUGUAAAGAAUGUUUUAUUUCCUUCCAUACAUAAACCAGCAGGUAAUGGUUUGACAUGGCAUACAGUUCACAACGUUUCAGAAGAUUGGCCUUAAUUUUUUUCUAAUAAUAUUUAUGUCGAAAUCUAACUUUAAAGGCUUCUAGAGAUCACAUAUAAUCCGCAGAGGAUAAAAUAUUCUUUUGUGUAUGACAUGUCAUAUGUACGCGGAUUCUUGUAUAUUGUAGCAUCAAAUCAAUGUGUUCUGUUAUGAUGAACAAAACUGUACACCGAAAAAUAUCCAGCCAUACCGCUCACGAUUAAGGAAUACUUUAUAGUAUAAAUUUAUUGAAAUAGAUUAUUGUUUUAAUUUUGUAAGCAGUUUUUAAGUAUCACAUUCCUAUUGCAUUGUAUUUUAAAACGAAUAAAGAUACAUAAAACUGUA